AUGGCAGAUACGCAGGACAAUCGGCCAGGCGAGGAAGAGGAUGACGACGAGGAGAUUGAUGAAUCGCUCAAGCUGCAUUCUCACAACUUGCAGGCGUACAAGACUAUGAAAGAUGCCGUCCUCUUCGCCAUCGAUGUCAGCCCCUCCAUGCUCGAACGCCCGCCCAAGACCGAAGACAAGAAAGCAGAUCGGGACUCGCCCACUUCGGCUGCACUCAAAUGCGCCUACCAGCUGAUGCAGCAGCGGAUCAUCUCGAAUCCAAACGACAUGAUGGGCAUACUGCUGUUUGGCACAGAGAAGACAGACCUCAAAGACGGCGACAGCACGUUCCAGCACUGCUACCUGCUAGCUGACCUGGACGUGCCAUCGGCGCAGGAUGUGAAGCGGCUGCGAGACUUGGUCGAGGACGAGGAAGAGGCAGAGCAGAUUCUGAAGCCUGCGAAAGACGGCGCAAGCAUAGCAACAGUGCUGUUCUGCGCCAACCAGAUCUUCACAACCAAAGCACCCAACUUCUCCUCAAGACGGCUCUUCCUCGUCACCGACAACGACUACCCAGUCAACGUCAAAGCGGAUAAGGACACAGCAGUCACUCGCGCGCGUGACCUGUAUGAUCUCGGGUGCACUAUCGACCUCUUCCCCAUCUCACAACCAGACCAAACCUUCGAUCGCUCGCGCUUCUACGACGAUCUCGUAUACCCCACAUCGCCGUCUGAUCCAGAUGCACCCAUUGCAGUAGCGACGACGACAAAGGUCGCAAAAAGUGGCGAGGGCAUAACGCUGCUCAAGCAGUUGAUCUCGUCGAUAAACUCAAAAGCCACGCCGCGCCGCGCUCUGUUCAGCCUGCCCCUCGAGUUGGGCCCGGACUUACGGAUAGGCGUGAAAGGCUACAUCUUGAUCAAGCGUCAAGAACAUGCCAAAUCAUGCUACGUCUGGGUCGGCGGAGACAAGCCACAAAUCGUCUCCUCGUCAACGUCACACAUGGCCGAUGACACAGCGCGUGUGGUUGAGAAGACGGAGCUACGCAAGGCAUACAAGUUUGGAGGCGACGCCAUCACCUUCACACCAGACGAAAUCAUCAAGAUCAGACAAGCCUUCGGCGACCCCAUCAUCCGCAUCAUCGGCUUCAAGCCCAUAUCCUGCCUCCCCAUAUGGACAAACACCAACAAAGCAACCUUCAUCUACCCUUCAGAAGCAGACUUCAUCGGCUCCACCCGCGUCUUCUCUGCCCUCCAGCAAAAACUCCUCAAGUCCAAGAAAAUGGGUCUCGUCUGGUUUAUCGCGCGCCGCAACGCUGCCCCCAUCCUCAGCGCCCUGAUCCCCGCCGAAGAACAAACCAACGAAGACGGCGAGCAGGCCAUGCCACCUGGUCUCUGGCUCGUGCCCCUGCCCUGGGCAGACGACAUACGCCAAUUCCCCUCGCCCGCUGCCGACGUGCUCAAAACCACCGAUGCGCUCACAGACAAAAUGCGCAUCAUCAUCGAGCAACUACAACUUCCCAAGGGCGUGUACGACCCGGCUAAAUACCCGAACCCAGAUCUCCAGUGGUUCUACCGCAUACUGCAGGCUAUGGCGCUCGAGGAAGAAUUACCCGAGAAACCAGACGACAAGACGAUGCCCAAGUUCCGACAAAUCGACAAGCGCUGUGGCGAAUACAUCACCGAGUACGGCGCGGAGUUCGAAGCGGCGUUUGCUCAACUCGCCGUCUCUACAUUCCCGCAUCGCGGGAAGCGCGCGUCUGCGGACCCAGGCGACGACAAGCCUGCGCCUAAGCGUGUCAAGAAGGAGCCGAAGGUCAAGGAGGAAGGGGAGGAUGACGAGGGACUCACGGAUGAGCAGAUGGCGACGGUUAAUAAUAAAGGGCAGAUUAGCAAGCAGACUGUUGCGGUGCUGAAGGCGUGGUUGAGUCAGAGGGGGGAGAGCACGAGUGGGAAGAAGGCGGAUCUUGUGGAGAGGGUGCAAGGGUAUCUUGAGGGGAAGGGGCUUUGA